AUGGGCGUCGCGAGACCCGUACGGGCCCUCGGGCUCGGCGCUAUUAUCCUGUGGUGUUUCUUCCUCUAUCAGAUAUUUUCCCCGGACCAGCCGAGGACAAAUGUGUUGAAACCCCAGAGCCUGGAACACGACCCUAUGGUCGAUCUGAGGAAUGAGGAGCUCGAAGGCAUGGUUGAGGCGAUGAAGGACCUUGAGAGGACCUGGAAUCAUAAGUUUAACUACCCUUGGACCUUCUUCAAUGAUGUUCCCUUCUCGGAAGAGUUUAAGCGUCAAACCUCUGCUGCCACGAAUGCCGAAUGCAGAUAUGAGGUUAUUCCGAAGGAACACUGGGAGGUGCCUACUUGGAUCAACUCCGACGUGCAAGACGCAUCGGCUCGUUUGCUCAAGGACAACGGUGUCCAGUAUGCCUCCAUGACUUCCUACCACCAGAUGUGUCGAUGGAACAGUGGCCUCUUUUACAAGCACCCCGCUCUCAAAGACGUCCAGUACUACUGGCGCGUAGAGCCCAAUGUCCACUUUUUCUGCGAUGUCGACUACGACGUCUUUAGGUACAUGCAAGACAAUAACAAGACGUACGGCUUUACCAUCAACCUCUACGACGAUCCCAAGUCCAUCGAGACGCUUUGGCCCGAGACCCUCAGGUUCCUGGCCGCAAACCCCGACACCCUCGCCGAGAACAACGCUAUGCCGUGGUUGACCGAUAGCCUCCGCCGCCCCGAACACAACUCCAAAGCCAACGGUUAUUCUACCUGCCAUUUCUGGAGCAAUUUCGAAAUCGGCGACAUGACCUUCUGGCGAAGCAAAAUCUAUGAAGAUUAUUUCAACCAUCUUGACCGAGCUGGUGGCUUCUUCUACGAGCGUUGGGGAGACGCGCCUGUUCACAGCAUUGCCCUCGGCCUGUUUGAGGAUGCUAACCGCAUCCACUGGUUCCGUGACAUUGGCUACCAACACGUGCCUUUCCUCAACUGCCCCAACUCGCCCAAAUGCAAAGGAUGCGAGACUGGCAAACCAUACCAGGGCGAAGACUUCCUUCGACAAGAGGACUGCCGGCCCAACUGGUUCAAGUUUGUUGGUCUUGGCUAA